CCAAACGAUUGUUUCCACGGAGCACCUAUCGCCAUGUCGACGACCGCCGCGACCAAGCAGUUGGCCGACCUGAGCCGUAAGAUCUUUCAACGUCUGCCGCAGAACAACAUCAAGUCAGGGAACAAGAUCAUCAGCGCGCAGUUGAAGGGAGACAAGGUCGCGUCUUGGUUCAACAAGCCGCUGGUGUUGGGCAUGGGCGGGUACUCGGAGUACUACCAAAAGGUCAACCAGUAUCGACUGGACACGAACGCCACACUCAAGCAACAAGGCCGUGGUCCGCCAAAGAAGGGUGCUGGCAAGCGAUCGCAAAAGAAGAAGUAGAUGUUCAAUACAGAAUCCGCAUCCCCACAAUACAUAUACUCCCAUUCCCACGCUGCACUAACUCAGAAUCCGCA